CAGCAGCAGACACAUCAACUAGAGCAGCAGCGGAGCAGCGAUUUGAUAAAUCACAGGAACCUGUCCGUUUCGUUGUGUCAGACUGUUUGAGACUUGCUAAAACCAUCCUUUAUCUAACGUAUUAGUGAGAAGAAGUUGAGAAUCCGGUUCGAUAAUGGCAGGCGUUCGAACGACUCGUUGCACUGCUCAGGCCAUCAAUAGGAAGAAUGCAGAAAAUGCUUUUCCCAAGAAUGUGCUGGAUGUGUUGGAGCGAAAAGCGGCGCCAGUUCGUCGCGUGAGAAGCACCCUUGGCGUAAUCGGCAACAGACAGACCGCUCAAUUGGUCACCGUUGGCAAACAGGACAAUGCCAGGAAAGAAAAGCACGUUUUGACCAAGCCUAAGCUGAAUGUGCCAACUACCAGACUGACCGGCAAGCCAGCGAGGCAGAAGACCAAUGUGCGGAACAAGCAAGUUUCGCCGAUCGCCAGCAUGACAAAGCCCGGUGUUGUUCGCCGUAUCGCCAACAUCGUAUCAGCCCCGAAUGCUCAGCAUGGAAAGCCCAAGGUAUCAGUGAAACGGGUAGUUAGACCCAAACCACCUGCACCCGUUGCUGCCAAACCCAAAGAGCAAUUGGACAAGGUUGAGGCACAGGCCAGUAAGCCGGACCUGUCCAACUUCUCGCAGGAGGGGAUAGCCAAUCUCGAGAUUUCGGACAAGACUAACCUCAAAGACGCCAAAAAUGUGGUCCGCUAUAUGAAGGCCAUAUACUCGUACAUGAGUCAAAUUGAGAACUUAUCUUGUUUCCAAGUUGUAUACGGCAUCCCAGAAGCAUACGUCAAGCGAUGCAAAAUCAUGACGAAUGAAAUGCGUUCGACCGUUGUUGACUGGCUUGUCGGUGUCCACCGCGAGUUCAUGCUGCUGUCCGAGACCUUGUACCUUGCAGUUUACAUCUUUGACAAAUACAUGGCGACCGCCCUGGCAACUCCCAAGGCGCAUCUGCAACUGGUUGGUGUAACGAGCCUGCUGAUCGCGUCCAAAUUCAAGGAGAUCAUGUGUCCGACCACUGUUGGCGACUGCAUCUACAUCACCGACUACACUUACACUACGGAGCAGGUCGUGGAGAUGGAGGCCAAAAUUUUGGCCCGCUUAUCUUUUAACAUCGGGCGCCCGCUGCCGCUGCAGUUCCUUCGGUGCUUCAGCACGGUGGCCGACGCCACGUUCGAGACCCACUGCACGGCCAAUUACUUCAUGGAACUGCAGCUGGUGCGCCAUGAGAUGUGCCACGUGCGACCCUCGCUGCAGGCCGCCGCUGCCAUGUGCCUAUCGUUGUUCGUCAACUUGGACCAAGAUGUGUACGACGAGCACAAGCAGGCUGACCAAAGCUCCAGCGACAUCCUCAAGCGCCUCUGGAGCCCCACGCUGCACUACUUCUCAGCUUAUUCCUUUGCCGUGGUUGAGGAGGCCGUCAAGCAACUCGCGCGCGUCGUCCUCAAGGGACACUCGUCCAAUUUGCAGUACCUGCGUAAGAAGUACUCUUCCAAGAACCUGUGUGAGACAAUCAACUUUAUUGAAGGACGUCUGGACAGAAUUGAAUCUAUCAGGGAAUGAUGCUACUCUGAGAAAGAUUGUCAUUUAAAUUUACUGAUUACGUGUUGACUAACGAACAGAUCUACAAGCGCCAGAAUUUUGUACACAUACAGUUUUUAAUCCUUUUACUAUGUCGAUUUUUAAGUAUGCGAUGUUUACUACAUUGAGAGUCAGAUGCCAGAGUUCAGCGUCCAUGUUCAUUUCGUUUCACUGUUAACCGUGCUUUUGCACAUUAAUUAAGUAUACAAAUAUUAGUCUGAUGAAGCUGCUUAUGUAUUUUUUUAACUGUACAACAUGAUCCUUAUUACUUAAUCUGUAUGUGUGUUAAAUGUUUGCGGGGAAAUUCGCAACCAUUCCUCUGUAACUAACCUCAAAUAUUAUUCCUAU